UGCUGUAUGACAAUUGACAUCGCCCAUAAAUUUUGUGUUUUGUGAUGACGAGUAACCUCUUGACUCAAGUGGCUGUCUGCGUGUCAUGUUUUUGAUUCGCAAAGAUGGUCAUAGCCGGCACGAAAAAAUCUCCAAUUUCCAAGUUAAAUAGUAAAACAGGCAUAAGCAGUUUGAUCAUAUUCGUGAUUUUGCUGCUAGCAUGGAUCGCCGGCUUCUCCAGCAGACUCUUUGCCGUCAUACGGUUCGAGAGUAUCAUUCACGAAUUCGAUCCCUGGUUCAACUACCGAGCUACAGCUUAUAUGGUAAAAAAUGGCUUUUACAACUUUCUGAAUUGGUUUGACGAGCGAGCUUGGUACCCACUAGGUCGAAUUGUAGGUGGUACAGUCUAUCCUGGCCUUAUGCUUACCUCAGGCAGCAUUCAUUAUGUACUGCAUUUACUACACAUAAAUGUCCACAUUCGAGAUAUUUGUGUGUUUUUAGCACCUGUUUUCAGCGGAUUGACAGCAAUCUCAACAUACUUCCUGACAAAGGAAUUAUGGUCUGCUGGAGCAGGUCUGUUUGCAGCCUGUUUCAUAGCCAUAGUGCCAGGUUACAUUAGCAGAUCGGUAGCAGGGAGCUACGAUAAUGAAGGUAUUGCAAUUUUCGCAUUGCAGUUUACAUACUACCUUUGGAUCAAGUCUGUGAAGACGGGGUCAAUCUUUUGGGCUGUGGCUGCUGCCCUAUCGUAUUUUUAUAUGGUAUCAGCAUGGGGCGGCUACGUAUUCAUCAUAAACCUGAUCCCUCUACACGUGUUUGUAUUAUUAUUGAUGGGUAGAUAUUCUAAUAAAUUAUUUGUUAGUUACACGACGUUCUAUAUUCUUGGACUGAUUCUGUCAAUGCAGAUUCCUUUCGUUGGAUUCCAGCCGAUACGUACUAGCGAGCAUAUGGCUGCCGGAGGUGUUUUUGCAUUGAUGUUUGCCGUGUGUUUCCUGAAACACUUGCAGUCAGUCACAUCAAAGUCUGAAUUUAAAUCGCUAGUCAUAUUUGGUACACUUAUUGCAGCAAGUGUAGUAUUUUUAGCUGUUGUACUUCUCACUUACGCUGGAUAUAUUGCUCCGUGGAGCGGAAGGUUCUACUCUCUUUGGGAUACAGGCUAUGCGAAAAUUCACAUCCCAAUUAUCGCCUCAGUAUCUGAACAUCAACCUACCACGUGGUUUUCGUUCUUCUUCGAUCUUCACAUCUUAGUUUCGACAUUCCCUGCUGGGCUGUGGUAUUGCAUCAAAAACAUCAACGAUGAAAGAGUAUUCGUUGUUUUGUAUGCCUUGAGUGCGGUAUAUUUUGCCGGCGUAAUGGUAAGACUGAUGUUAACUCUGACGCCCGUUGUUUGCAUUUUGAGUGGCAUCGCUUUUUCAAACCUGAUAGAAUUCUAUUUGAGAGAGGAUGAUAACGGCAGGGUAGAAGAAAGCGAAGAGGAAGAGCACGGAACGCCUAGCAAACGUCUGUAUGACAAGGCCGGUCGCGUACCGAAAAUGAAGCACGAGCAACAAAAAGAAUCUGAAAGCAGUAACGCGAUAGGAGCCAACUUACGCAGCAUAGUAUCGGUAGUAGUACUGCUGCUUCUGAUGCUGUUUGCUGUUCAUUGCACUUGGGUGACCAGUAAUGCGUACUCGAGUCCGAGUGUGGUGCUGGCCAGUUACGGGGCCGACGGUUCCAGGCAGAUAUUGGACGAUUUCAGGGAGGGAUACUAUUGGCUGUCGCAGAAUACGGACGAUAGCGCCAGGGUUAUGAGCUGGUGGGAUUAUGGCUAUCAAAUAGCUGGAAUGGCGAAUCGGACGACUUUAGUAGACAACAACACGUGGAACAACAGUCAUAUCGCGUUGGUGGGAAAAGCGAUGUCUUCAAACGAAACUGCUGCUUACGAGAUCAUGACUAUGCUGGACGUGGACUACGUAUUGGUCAUUUUCGGUGGAGUUAUCGGAUAUUCUGGGGAUGAUAUCAACAAGUUUUUGUGGAUGGUGAGAAUCGCUGAGGGCGAGCAUCCAAAGGAUAUCAAGGAAAGCGACUAUUUCACCGAACAAGGCGAGUUCCGAGUAGACGCCGAGGGUUCUCCCACCCUGUUGAACUGUCUGAUGUAUAAAUUGAGCUACUACCGCUUUGGAGAACUGAAGCUGGACUACCGUUCCCCAGCCGGUUUCGACAGAACCAGGAAUGCUGUCAUCGGCAACAAGGAUUUCCAAUUGACGUAUCUCGAAGAGGCCUACACCACCGAGCACUGGCUUGUCAGAAUAUACAGGGUGAAAAAGAAGGACGAAUUUAACCGCCCGCGGAUACCAGUAGCAGGUCGUGUGGUCAAAUCGCCUAAUUUUGUGUCGAAGAAGAGCACCAAGCGCAAAAAAGGCACUAUUAAAAACAAACCGGUAGUUGUGAAAGGCAAGAGAACGUCUGUGAAUCAGUAAAUAAGAACGUAAAGAAAAAGUGUGUAUGUGCUGUACGUAAAAACAUAGUUGAUUGUUUUGUUGUUGUUUUCUUAUGACAUACUUUACCACGAAAUUCAUAUAAAAUGUUUAAAAACAGCA